AGAUAUGGCGUCCUUGCAGUGGCUUCAUUCCCCGCCGAGCUUGGCACAACAAUUGACGGCAACUAGGUGGUAACCGGACGGCACCUCUCUUUUCUCCAACGUUGCCUCUCUCCUUUUAUUAUUGUUAUUUUUUUAUAAAGGAGAACAUUUGUGUGUCGCAGGCACUGGCGGACAUUGCGCACUCUUUACGGGAACAGAUAGCUGCUGCUGUUGUUGUGGUGAUGCACCAACAAGCCUCGGCUGGCACGCAUCGAGACUAUCAUCCGGGAAGGAUUGCUAGUUUGUCACAAGGCGAAGGUAAUGGUGCUGAUGUCUACAAAGACCAUGGAUGGGCACCAGCCCUCCUGAAAUAACCCCCCCCCCCACCCCCAUCUUACUCUGCUGGCUGGACGCCCUUUUUUUUGUUUGUUGCUAAAUCCAAUUCAGGAGCUCAUCUUCACCUCUCCCGUCCAACUCCAAACAUCAAGCCUGCUUUAGAGACGGCUCUGUGGCGUCGAAAAUGACCACGGCACGGUACCGUCCCACUUGGGAGCUGGCCGUGGACCCCCUGGUCUCAUGUAAGCUGUGCCUUGGCGAGUUCCCGCUGGAGCAGAUGACCACCAUUACGCAGUGCCAAUGUGUCUUCUGUACACUGUGCCUGAAGCAGUAUGUGGAACUCCUGAUUAAAGAAGGCCUUGAAACUGCAAUUAGCUGUCCUGACUCUGCUUGCACUAAAAGAGGACACUUGCAGGAAAAUGAGAUUGAGUGCAUGGUGGCUACAGAGAUGAUGCAGCGAUACAAGAAGCUCCAGUUUGAAAGAGAGGUGCUCUUGGACCCUUGCCGGACGUGGUGCCCCUCGUCGACCUGCCAGGCUGUGUGCCAGCUGAAGGAGGCCGACUCUCCGGCGCGGCCCCAGCUGGUACAGUGCGCUGUUUGCGCUCUGGAGUUCUGCUCAGCCUGCAAGGCCAACUGGCAUCCGGGUCAGGCCUGCCCGGAGAAUAGCCUGCCCAUCACCUCUUUCCUACCAGGAGAGAACAGUCCUUUCUACAAGAACGAAGAGGACGACGCGCCCAUCAAGCGCUGUCCUAAAUGCAAAGUUUACAUCGAGAGGGAUGAGGGCUGUGCUCAGAUGAUGUGCAAGAACUGCAAGCACGCCUUCUGCUGGUACUGUCUGGAAUCCCUGGAUGACGAUUUCCUCCUGAUCCACUAUGACAAAGGGCCUUGUCGGAACAAACUGGGCCAUUCCAGGGCAUCCGUUAUCUGGCACAGAACACAGGUUGUGGGUAUCUUUGCAGGGUUCGGCCUGCUCCUGCUGGUCGCCUCCCCCUUCCUCCUCCUGGCCACGCCCAUCGUCCUGUGCUGCAAGUGCAAGUGCAGUAAAGGCGACGACGACCCCUUGCCCACUUAAAACGCCGUCGAUACGGAAAGCCACUCAAAAAAGGAUGGCGGUCAUCACAUUGUUGUUCCCUUCCUCUCUCUUUUUUUUUACACCCCUCCCGCUUUGAGCGCUUCUUUUUCCGGGUCAAGCCUGCACGACGGCUGCUUUGGGAUCCAUUGCUCUGCAUGGUAGAUAAGCAGUGUGGCCCGAAAAGACUGUUGUUUUUAGGGAGCAAGUCGGCGCUGCUUUGAGCGUCCUGUUGCUUGUUGCGAGAUACUUUCUCUCCCGCCGCCAUGUAGCGAUACAGGAUCAGUCCAGUAGCAUCACAGCUGCACCGCGGUUGGUGGCGACUCGAUAUGCGCACACUACAGACUGAGAUAGAGACUACCCUCCCUUGAUGAUGUCACGGUUUUAUAUAACCUCGCGCUUUUAAAUGGAAGUACUGUCUGUCUUGUACUUUUUUCGGAAACCUUGAUUUAUUUAAAGGGAGGACGCCCGCUUUGAGGGUGUUGCCCUUUAAAAUACAGCAAAGCCAAUCAGAGGACCUUUCUUGUUGUUGUGUCUCUUAAUGAGAUCCUUUAAUACACCGCCUGCUCCAAAGUAGCCGAAAUACAAACAAACAGCCUUAAGAAUUGAGAAUAGCCAAAAGCAGGCGUUUCCCUCCUGAGUGUCCAAAUAAAUCAUCCCAGGGAAAAUAUGUACAAAAAGCCCUGGUGAUUUUAUGAUGUCAUCCAUACUUCACUUGGCUAACAGCCAAACAAAAACAAUGUUAGCUCACAUUAACGUCAUCACUCUCAAAGACAUAACAAAUUGCAAACUUGCAUAUGUUAGUGGUCCAAAGUUGUGUCUGUGUGUAGUUUUUUUGUUGGUCGUUACCCAACCUCCAGCAACAAGCAGCUACUCCCUUAACGCGGGAGCAACAGAAAAGAGCCUGUACAGAUGUUGAUAUUAACGAAUGUUCACUUUUUUGGGGCACGUUGCUAUAAAGCUGCUCUGAUAUAUAUACAGUAUAUAUGUAUAUCACUUUAUCUAUGCAAGUUUGUACAUUCUCCUCAUGUAAAAAACAAUGUGCGCCAACAACUAAAGAAAGCUGCAGAAUGUCAAUCGUACAAUUGCAUAUCAUGGGGAUUUAAUCAAAUGUAUGUAUUUCUUCAAAUAGUGGCCUCCUCGAGGGGUUGUCGUAAUUACUUUUCCUAUGACUGCAGAUUAGACGUGGCAUCUGUAAAGAUGGCAGUUACCGUGGGGGUUUUGCUAAACGUUUCACUGGAAAUUAUUUGUGAGAAAAAAAAUGAUAAAAUGAAGAUGCCAACUAACAAAAAGUUAGUUGUGAACACAACCCAUAAAAAGCUUUAUAAAAGCAAUCUACACUACCGUUCAAAAGUUUGGGGUCACAUUGAAAUGUCCUUAUUUGUGAAGGAAAAGCACUGUACUUUUCAAUGAAGAUAACUUUAAACUAGUCUUAACUUUAAAGAAAUACACUCUAUACAUUGCUAAUGUGGUAAAUGACUAUUCUAGCUGCAAAUGUCUGGUUUUUGGUGCAAUAUCUACAUAGGUGUAUAGAGGCCCAUUUCCAGCAACUAUCACUCCAGUGUUCUAAUGGUACAAUGUGUUUGCUCAUUGGCUCAGAAGGCUAAUUGAUGAUUAGAAAACCCUUGUGCAAUCAUGUUCACACAUCUGAAAACAGUUUAGCUCCUUACAGAAGCUACAAAACUGACCUUCCUUUGAGCAGAUUGAGUUUCUGGAGCAUCACAUUUGUGGGGUCAAUUAAACGCUCAAAAUGGCCAGAAAAAGAUAACUUUAACCUGCAACUCGACAGUCUAUUCUUGUUCUUAGAAAUGAAGGCUAUUCCACAAAAUUGUUUGGGUGACCCCAAACUUUUGAACGGUAGUGUAAAUCUACCGAUAAGUGCUUUCUGGCGGCCAGGAUAAAAUAGUCCGUCCGGAAAGUACUUUACAGUCUCAUUACAAAAUUACAUUUAUUUAAAAAAAUUGAUUACAAAUAAAUGAAUAAAAAUCAUAAAUACAUAAGUAUUCACAGCCAUUGCUUAAUACUUUGCUGAUGCACCUUUGGGAGCAAUUAGUCUCUAUGUAGGAUGUACAUCCUAAAAACCAACACUUCCUGAUGGAGCUUGAGAGGUGCUGCAAAGAGGAAUGGGCGAAACUGCCCAAAGAUAUAGGUGUGCCAAGCCGGUGGCAUCGUAUUCAAAAAGACUUGAGGCUGUAAUUGCUGCCAAAGGUGCAUAGAUCAACAAAGUAUUGAGAAAAGGCUGUUUUUUAAAUGUUUAAUGUCUAUGAAUGUUCUCAUUCAUCCAGGUCAUUGUCAUCUCAGGGCAUUCAAUCGAUCGCAACUGGACUGUUUGAUUUGUCUUGGAAGGCGUUUCGCCGCUCAUCCGAGUAGGCUUCAUCAGUUUGUGCUCAUAGACUUAGAUUGGUCAGAUCUAGUCCAUUAUUUAUUUUUUUUUUUUUACCAAUACAUCCCUUAACUAUAAGAUGCCACAUACUUAAAUGUGAUGAAAAGAAAGCUCCCCUGGCCACUAAAUGAGGAAAUACCAUAUUUAUUAUAUUGUUUUUUAAAUUUCUGUCUUCAAUCAGAUUUUUUUAGUGUCUCCAGAAAUAAGCAGUUGUAGUCCCAGCAAAGUGAUCCAACCCAUCUAAAGCAAGAACUCUAUUGAUUGUAAAAGCAUCUUAACCAGAGGACAAAUCAAAAGGUGUAUUCAAUUUGAAUAAAAUCCAAUGAGAUGUUUGGUUAAGUACAGGACAAAGGUCAUUUUAGUGCCAAAGUAAGUAAUCUACCGUAAUUUCCGGACUAUAAGCCGCAAUUUUUUUUCCUACGCUUUGAGCCCUGUGGCUUAUAAAAAUGUGCAGCUAAUUUAUAGAUUUGCAGACAGCCAAAUUGCAGAUAGUAAAAAAAAACAAGCAACAACACUGAAAAGGCGUAUUAUUUUUUGUGCUAUGGAGUAAUCUUUCGGACGAGUCCGCUCACGGCAGGUGCUGCAGUGCCCUUUUUAUUAGCGCUUUCAACCAGAAGCAGAAUUAUCGUUCCAUCUUAUAGCCGUCCGUAGCGUUUUUACUCGUAUGGUUUCGCCAUUCAUCACUCCAUGCAACGUUUGUACGUUUUACAAUAAAACUAAAACUAUUCAUAUUUACUUAACUGUCCAUGAGUGAUGUCUGUAGAAGUGUUUUCAUGCAUAUUUGUACAUGCUAUCGUAAUGUAAUCACUCUAGCGUUGUUAGCAUUAGCUAAUAUGCUAACACGUGUACAAGUGUCUGUGUUAGUAUUAUUAACUUACAACAGCAUUAUUUUUGUAUUGUUUAAGUUUCACAAUUUCCUCUUUCAAUUCACCAAAACGUCAAUGUGGAGUUAUUGAGUUGAUUGGAGAGCUAGCUUCAGCUGAUAGUCGGUCCAUGACGAUGACGUCUGUUUUGUUUGAUCCCCCGUUUUACUGCCACUUUUCAGCCACCGUUUCGAUACAAUCACGGUAUGUAAAUAAACAUUUUCAAAAUCUUUCUGUGUAAAUAACUCUUUUCUCAACGUAUAUAUCUGCGGCUUAUAGUCCGGUGCGGCUAAUAUAUGGAAACAUUUAGUAGGUGCGGCUUGUAUUCCGGUGCGCUCCAUAGUCCGGAAAAUAUAGUAGUGGUUAAAAAAAUAUCUUGCAUAAGCGAAAGGUCAGCUAACUCAAACUAUUAAGUUUAUGUAGGGACAACUUAUUUUUUUAUGUUCAAUUGACAAAAUGCAAUUAUGUCAAAAAAGUUUAAUUCCAAUAUUUUGUGGAAUGUAUUUUUUCAAAUUGCACUGAAAAAAUAUAACUAAUAAACGAAUACAAAUCUGAAUACAUUUUUAAAUUUUACAAAUGUAACCCCAAACUUUACCAAAAUUACGUAUGUUUUUAUUUUAAUUGAACAUCUUUUUUUUUUUUAAUUAAUUAUAAAUACAAAUUAAACACAAUUUGAAUAUUGUUUAAAAGUUCAUUCAUGUCAGCAAUUCAACUUCAACUAUGAAACUUAUAUGUGGUACUCAUUACAUGCAAAGUGAGAUAUGUCAAUACUUUACAGCAUUUGUUGUAAUUUUAAGGAUCAUAGCUUAUAGUUUUGGAUUUUUUUCUUUUUUUCCUGAGAGUUCCAAUUUGAAGUUUUCAUAAGCCGUAAGCCAUAAUCAUCAACAUGAUAUCAAAAGAAGGCUUGAAUAUCCUGAGUUGUGUGGUAUGAGCCUAUGUCAUAUAUUAGUUUCACCUUGUAAAUCUAAUUGCUGGAAUAAAUGACCCUGUGCGCAAUAUUCAACAUUGUUAGUAUCAACUGAAUAACUUCAAACUGCACAGAAAGAUUAUUACUUGGAAUUUUGUUUUAAUGUGCACUCAAAAAAUAUAAAUUUUGAAUUAUAUUAGAAAUAAUUAUACAAAUAUAACUUCAGUCAAACACUUUUCUAUGCGUGCUUGCACUUAUCCUGUUUUUUUAAUUUUUACUGAAAAAAUAUCAAUCUUAAUGUGCACUCAAAUAUACAUUUAGAAUUACAUUUUAAAAAAACAUUUAAAAUAACUUCAGUGUAACACUUUUGUGCGUGGCUGCACUUAUCUUGUGUUUUUAAAAUCUUUAAACCGUACUGAAAAAAAUUAAACUUUUUUUUCCUGAUUUGGAAUAUGACUAAAAUGUUUUAAAAUAGCAAUCAAUACUUUGCUGGGACUAAACACUGUUCACAAUUUCUGUGUAAAAUAUAGUUUUACUAUUUACAGUUGUGGUCAAAAGUGUACAUACACUUGUAAAGAACAUAAUGUCAUGGCUGUCUUGAGUUUCCAAUAAUUUCUACAACUCUUAUUUUUUUGUGAUAGAGUGAUUAGAGCACAUACUUGUUUGUCACAAAAAAACAUUCAUGAAGUUUGGUUCUUUUAUGAAUUUAUUAUAGGUCUACUAAAAAUGUGACCAAAUCUGCUGGGUCAAAAGUAUACAUACAGCAAUGUUAAUAUUUGGUUACAUGACCCUUGGCAAGUUUCACUGCAGUAAGGCUCUUUUGGUAGCCAUCAACAAGCUUCUGGCAAGCUUCUGGUUGAAUUUUUGACCACUCCUCUUGACAAAAUUGGUGCAGUUCAGCUUAAUGUGUUGGUUUUCUGACAUGGACUUGUUUCUUCAGCAUUGUCCACACGUUUAAGUCAGGACUUUGGGAAGGCCAUUCUAAAACCUUAAUUUUAGCCUGAUUUAGCCAUUCCUUUUCCACUUUUGACGUGUGUUUGGCGUCAUUGUCCUGUUGGAACACCCAACUGCGCCAAAGACCCAACCUCUGGGCUGAUGAUUUUAGGUUGUCCUGAGGAAUUUGGAGGUAAUCCUUCUUUUUCAUUAUCCCAUUUACUCUCUGUAAAGCACCAGUUCCAUUGGCAGCAAAACAGUCCCAGAGCAUAAUAUUACCACCACCAUGCUUUACGGUAGGAGUGGUGUUCCUGGGAUUAAAGGCCUCACAUUUUCUCCUCCAAACAUAUUGCUAGGUAUUGUGGCCAAACAGCUCAAUUUUUGUUUCAUCUGACCACCGAACUUUCCUCCAGAAUGACAUUAUGUUCUUUACAAGUGUAUGUAAACUUUUGACCAUGACUGUAUAUUCGAUCCAUCGCUCAUUCAGCAGUUUUUAUGACCAGACACAUAACUCAAGUUACAUUAUUGCACUAUUUAGGUUGUUCAUUUCUCUUCUGGUUGAGUUUCUGUAGCAUUUUUAAAGUGAUACAUUUACCAAAAAGAGCACGAUGAAAAGUAGAUAUCUAAAGCUUAAAAGUAGCUCCAACAUCUGCAGAUGCUUCUUUGUCCUCACAAAACGGUUCUUUCUUCAUGUUAGUAGCCUUAUUUUUGGAGUAUCUCAUAGCUCUUUUUACUCGCCCAUGUUAUAAGCAUGAUUAAACUAAAUUUGGCGCAUUUUUUCAACCCUAAAAUUGUGUUUGUAUUCCCCUCAAGGUUAGUACCCGUAAGUUCCUGAUAUUUUAUUUUUUUAAUGACAAUUGUGCCAAGCAAAUUUCCUAUAGAAAGAGGGCGGGUGUUGUCUACUGUAUGUGCAUUUUGACCAUGUAUUUGUAAUGUAAUAGCAGUUUUUACAGGGUGGGGAAUAUGUCCUAAUGCUUCUUUAUUGUGAGCUCUGCACUGUAUUUGGGUUUUCAUUGGUUAUGUUGUUAAUAUUGAGCUGUCAUCUGUGUAGUGCCUGGUGUUUCAUGGAGAUUUCAAAAGAUACACUUGUACAUGUUUUUUUUUUGUUUCAACUUUACAUAUCAGGGGUUAAAAGAAUAACAAAAAAACAAAACAAGAAUGUCUCAUUUAUACCUUGAAGAGGCACCAAAUAAAACCCUUUUUUUUCCUGUUGCGAGUUAUUUUAAUGCCAUAUAUACAGGUUUUAGCAAGAUUAUUUAAUAUGCAACACAAGUCAAAAGGGCCAAAUUUCAGUCAAACUGCAUAAAGAGAUAGAUGCUGAUUAGGACUUCGCAGAAAUCAGCACAGGUGUUAAUAAGUAAGGGCUUGCUUCUCAAAACAAACAUAAAAUAAGUGUUUUUUUUGCCCCUCGAAAUGUGCAUGAUAUAACCACUCAAGAGAUUCAGCAGCAUGAUUUAUAUGAGAAAUUCUCUCAUAUUUGAGCUUCUUUUUAAACAACAUUUUCAGCCUUACGUUGUGCAAUUUUGGUGGCCCUUACCUCCACCAACCUGCCUGCCACAUUUGUUUCAUUUCAUACACUUGUUUUACUAAUAAUUUGUUUUGUUCUUUCUUUUUAAAGCCAAACAAAAGACGUUGUAAAAUGACAUAUUUGUAUCAGUUCUGUACAACUUAGGUUCUCUCUCUCUCUCUAUAUAUAUAUCUACAGUUCCACUAACACUGUGAUACCAGGUAUUAAAUGUUGUCUUUUGUGUUCUUCGCUUCCCUUUUUUCAUAUAAAUCAGCCUAAUAAACCGACGCCACCAGGAGACGACGUCGCAAAAGCGAGGUUUGGCGUCCUCUGGUGGCCAAGUGCGUAA